CGGCAGAAAAUUGAUGUAGCGGUUAUCCCUGGUGGCCUGACCCCUGUUUUGCAGCCACUAGACAAGUGCUUGAACAAGCCGUUCAAAAAUAAUGUCUGAAGAAAGUACUUGGCCUGGAUGAUCAGUGGCCCGUUUGACUAUACUCCGGCUGGGAAGAAGGCGCCAUGGAGAAAUCUUGUACUUUGAUGGGUGCAUGAAGCAUGGCGAGAGAUUCCAGUGGAGAUGGGUGCUAAGUCCUUCAAGACCUGUUGAAUCUCCAACUCUUUGGAUGGAAUUGAGGAUGACAAGCUGUACACUGAAGAGGCACAGGAAACUGACGACAAUGAGGAAGACAAUGAGUUUGAGAUGGAGAGUGAAGGCGAGAGUGAUGGCGAGUUAACUGUUUAUCAGUUGAAAGCUGUUCAAAAAACGGCUCCUUUAGGAACUACCAAAUCUUUAAAAGUUCAUUGAUCAACAAUUUCAUCCUGUCUUUAUAAUAUUAUAAUAUAUUGUGUUUCACUGAUUUUGGCUUGGCUACAAGCCGAUCACAGAAUUUGCAUGACAUUCCAUAAGUUCUCAACACCUGAGAAAGAAAAAAAUCAAUCAAACUCUAGGCUAUAAGCCAAACUCCUUUGUUUGGAAAGUUUUUGGUCGAUACAAGUCCAAAUUUCUGAAAAAAAGUAGUUCAGCUGAUAGGUAAAUAAAUACGGUAGUCUCAUGUCUAGCAGCAUCUUGGCUUUUACUUCACGUAGAAGAACACAAAACACAUCGCCAAAAGGGAAUUAGUUUUAUGGCAUAAUUAAACACAAGCUACUGUAUAAUUUUGUAGUUUUCAGGUGGAGUCUGGAAGUGUGGAAGUGUGGCAGUCUGCAGGGGCAGAUCCAGAAAAUUCAGAAAGAGGAGGACAAGUCCCCCACCCUCCCCCCCAAAUGAAAACUUCACUUUUCAGGAGAUGCAGCAUACAGCAUUGUGGGUGUAUUCGUGAUGCAAAGUAAAGUAACGUUAACGAUUUGGAAGAUAGAAUUAAAGAGCAUUUUAUAAAAUGAUUUUCAAAGCAAAAUCAUAGUGCUAGUGGUAGGCGAACUGUUAACAGAGUCAUUGCAUUGCAUUUAUACAUCCAGUAUUAAUCGAAAUAAAUCACUGCAGUGGAUUGAUAAAUGUCAUCCUUCUCUGGUUUUGUUUGGCGUACUUGUCAUCAGCUGCAUUAUAAUUUAAAGGUAUGUCUUUGUGAAUAAAGAGCAGCAACAGUGCAUUUAGACGUUCUUCUCCUGUGGUGCUGCAAUAAGCAUUCUCACAAAGCGCAGUGAAGAGUUUCUACAUUCAACAGUUGCUCUUGUGACUGGGGUGAUCAGCAGGAGGUGCAGAAUUGUGUGGACAUUGGGGUAGAGGCUUGAGCUGCAGGCUUUCAAUGUCUCUUGCAGUGUCAUGGGUUUUACGGCAGCAUUAAUCCUAAAAAUAAAAGCAAGAAUUAACACAUAUUUCAAGACAAGGUAUAAUCGUUUUUUUCAGCGUAUCACAGUUUCACUGGGAAAGCUGUGGAGCUUCAUUCGCAAAAGAAUAUGGUAGGUUGUUCCUUCAGCUUUCAGAAGAUACCAAACAUGUCAUGGUUUUGCUAUCGAAGGACGGACUUUCUACGAGUGACUUUCUUGGUGUAAUGGCGUAGAUUUGCUCGACAUUACAAAGGUAGUUUUCAGCUCAGAAAGAAUUUAACAGUUUUCCAAACAACAGCAUUUAAAAUAAAUAUUUUACAUCUUUGAGACAUAGGGAAGAAUCGUAUCAUUUUUGUUUUGCUAAAUGCAUAACAGUGUCUUGUAUAUCGCACUAGGUGAACUGUUAGCAUUAUGCCAUACGCUAAGAACAGUCGAUGCGAUGUUAAUGCCUUUGUGAACGCCCGAAACGAAGCGAGGCAGAAAGCAGUGGAACAGUGUAGAAGUUUGAAGGCAGAGCUUAGCACAAACACGGGAUGUUUGACACCUUAGCAAAACGAUGUAAAGUAGACAAAAUGAAAGAAAGAUGAAAGAUUAUGUUUUAAGUCAGAAAAUCUUAACAAAGAAGGUAGUCUCACCUGCAUUUAAGGAAAAUUCAAAAGCUUUUGAAAGCUCCCUGGAAAAUGUAAAGAGAAGCAUUGCAGUUUUCUAUAGUAGUGGUGUAAUGGACAAGUGGAAAUAUAAGUCUGUAAGACUUGCAUUAUCAAUGAAAAAAAAGGAAACAAUGGGAAACGGGAGGUCAGCUAUUACUGUGAUGCCAAACUGCCCUAUUCCAAAAUUGCUGCCCUAUAACAAGCUUGUCAAAGGAAUCAACCAGGUCAGCAUUGGAAAUGUGUACAAAUUAGAAGAACAGUUUUAAGGUGUUAUGGAAGAUGAAACAACACAAGGUUGCUUUCGAAAGUUAAUUGAGUAUUUGCCAUGUUUAGCAAAAUUUUACCUCAGAAAAGACAGAAAGGAAACCCUUCAGUAGUUUGGCAAACUGAGUAUACUUUUUUAUUUGCAGUGGGUGGGGAUGGCUGCCCAUUUAGGAAGAAUGAGAGUGCAUCUUCCUUUCUGUUAAGUUUUAUUAAUGUUGGUAAGAGGGUUGCAUCAAGCAAUGACAACUUUAUUAUUUUUGAGGGUAAUUGUGAGGAAACUUCGGCAGUUGUGUGUAAGUACUGUCAGUUCUUGUGCAAAGAAAUUAGUGAGAUAGAGAAAAAAGUCUUUGAAAUUGAGGGCUUCCAUGUAACCUUCAAAUGUGCCAAAUGACAUCAAGAUGUUGGCUAUGCUGGGGGUAAACUACCCAAUAGUGCAAGAUUUUUCUCAAUUUUUGCAGAUGUUUCAAAAGACAACUGCAUUGACAUAAAGGGGACAUUUUUAUCUCACUUAAGUUUGUCACAGACCAUGUGGAAGCCUUGGAAGUAUGAAGAGAGGAUCAAAAUUGCAAAUGAGGUUGACGAAUUUAAAAAAUCCUUAUCCGAGAAACAACUGAAGGAGAAACAAUUUCGAAGCAAAGUCACAGAAUUUAUUGCACAUAAGAAGAGUCACCAAGAAUUUGUGCCUUCAAUUGGGAAAUUGAUUGAUCUUGCCCAUGUGGAGCCUUUACAUAUUAAGAAUGCCUGGCAGUAUUUCUUUAAGGGGGUUCUGAAAGAGGCAGUUGGAAAAUGUAAUCUUCCAGACAGCUGCAAAAAGUUUGCAGACAUUCCGAAUGAUAGUAUUGUCUCUAGAGCUGUAACUGCACUGAAGUUUGAGGUAAAGGCCAAAUGUUUGGCAAGAAAGGUAAAGAAGUGGUACGACGAAACACAGGGUAAGGGUCAGGAUCUCCAGUAUAGAUUUACUGGAAAAGAUUCCAGGCUACUUUGCCACAAUUUUAUGAGAUUGAUUAAAUGGCUUAGUAGUGAAAAUGAUUCUCACCAACAAAGGAAAACAGUUCUGAUUUUUGCAUACCUUGGGCUUAGACUAAGGGAUUGUGUCUCACUUUUCAGUAGGUUUGAUAUCACUGUUGAACAGGUUACAGAACUGAGCAUUAGUGCUCGUGACUAUUAUCAGGUGAAUGCAUUGUUUCUCCCUACCUCCGUAAAUCCUACUGUGUGGACAAUUGAACAUAUCAUUCCUGCCCACACUAAAGAGCUACAUGAGAAAUAUGGGCAAGGGCUUGGUAUCGUAACAAUGGGAAGGAAGGGAGGCAAAACAUAUUGCUUUGAAAAAACUAAGCGAAAAUACAUUUUAUAAAAGGCGCUGGUAUGAGAUUUUCAAGCAUGAGUUUGUAAUGUUGUGUGGCUUCUUGAACAAGGGUUCAACCUUAGUACAUACAAGCAUACUGCUGUAUACAUCCCAGACAGGGUGUUUUCUGACCCAAGGUUUUGCUACUCCAAUCUAGAAAAAGCUAGUCUCACUGAUAGAAAAUGUACAUUCUGUGGUGAUCCAAUUAUGAAAUUUAUCCAGCAGAGUGUUGAGUAGGGAAAAGUUUUGCCGCAGCUGUUAGGUGACAGCAGGACAUAGGUUUAAAAAAUCAGAGAUAUUUAAUCACAUGCAGCACUAGAAGUAGGCUUGCAAAGCAGUAGGCCAUAUGUGGCUCAAAUGUGUUGUGGAAACACUUAUUUAUUUGUUUAUUUAGAGUGGUUUUCAAUUUAGUGUUGUAAAAC